AUGCUUCUCACUUUGUGUUUUACGCACAAGAAACCGACUAUUGGUGUUAACCUGUACCUCGAUCUCGGCCUGAUUGAUGUUGAGACCUGUGAGCCUCUGCCAGAUGCCUGGCUUACUAUUUGGGCUUGCAAUGCCACUGGCACCUACUCUGGCUACACCGGAAUUAACCCGGAUACCGUGUCUGUCCUGGAUGGAUGGAGCACCAGGGAGGAUGGAACCACCGACGACGAGACCUUCUUGCGAGGAACUUCCAAGACCAACGAGGCCGGAAUUGCUGAGUUUCUCACUAUCUUCCCCGGUUACUACGAUAGCCGAACCACCCACAUUCAUGUGACUGUGCAGUUCAAUGUGACCGGUGAUGAUACUAGCUACUCUGAUGCCGCUAUUCAGCACAUUGGUCAGCUCUCUUUCCCUGAAGAAUUGAUCAACUCUGUAUACAAGUUGGCUCCUACCACAACUCUGAACUCCGAAGACUCGGUGUACAAGGUUGCUAUGGCCGACGGAUACUCCGCUAUGAUUUCCACGGAACUUCUAGGCGAGACUCUUGCUGAUGGUCUGAUUGGAUAUAUCACCAUUGGUGUCAACAAGAGUGCUGCCGCUAUUGCUACCACUGGCACUCAAGUCAAUGUCCAGGGCUAUCUUCCCACUGUCUCAUUGGCCAGUGGUGCCCAGGCUGCGGCCAACACCAACGAUCUUGCUCAGGGAUACCGUGCAAAUGGCAUGAAGAAGGUUUAA